CCCAUCUCUUUAUGAACUAUUCACAGGCCAAUAAUAAAAAUAAUAAGCACCAGAACAGGAGCAGAGAAGACGCCAAAGCCAACACCAACACUGCGUCUCCUCCUCCUUUCUUCUUCGAGUCGCGAGGCGAGCGAGAGAGGGGUUAGUGCUGGUCAGAGAAAGUUGCAAGCAUGGGGCUAUCAUUCACGAAGCUGUUCAGCCGACUUUUUGCCAAGAGGGAGAUGCGGAUUCUGAUGGUUGGUCUUGACGCUGCUGGUAAGACCACCAUCCUCUACAAGCUCAAGCUCGGUGAGAUCGUUACCACUAUCCCUACCAUCGGAUUUAAUGUGGAAACUGUGGAAUACAAGAACAUCAGUUUUACCGUUUGGGAUGUUGGUGGCCAAGACAAGAUCCGUCCAUUGUGGAGGCACUAUUUCCAAAACACUCAGGGGCUAAUUUUCGUUGUGGACAGCAAUGAUAGGGAUCGAAUUGUUGAGGCAAGGGAUGAGCUGCAUAGGAUGUUGAAUGAGGAUGAACUGCGUGAUGCGGUUUUGCUCGUCUUUGCCAACAAGCAAGAUCUUCCGAAUGCGAUGAAUGCAGCAGAAAUAACUGAUAAGCUCGGUCUUCAUUCACUCCGUCAGCGUCACUGGUACAUCCAGAGCACCUGCGCAACAUCCGGAGAAGGCCUUUACGAGGGUCUGGACUGGCUCUCCAACAAUAUCGCAAGCAAGGCUUGAUGAUAUCACAAAGAUUCUGGUUCUGGGUGGUAAAGCUUGGGGCUGUGGAUCUUGUAAAAGUUUGGCCUUUUAUUUUCACUUUUUUCCUUUUCAACUUUACUGAAAGAAUGAAUGAUGUAAUAUGUAGGGAGAAGAUAAUUCUGAUAUUGUAACUGCACGAUCGUUUGCUAGGAUUUACUUACUGUGGUUGGUGUGUAAUCGCUCGGCUAGCCGGUAUUGUAAACGGUAACCUUUACCCCUUAGACAGUCAAAAUUUUCCUUAAUUCGUGUUC